GGCAGUGACGCGGCGGCGGGCGCGCGCGCCGCAUUUCCGCCUCUGGCGAAUGGCUCGUCUGUAGCGCACGCCGCGGGCCCAGCUGCGACCCCGGCCCCGCCCCCGGGACCCCGGCCAUGGACGACCUGUUCCCCCUCAUCUUCCCCUCAGAGCCAGCCCAGGCUUCUGGCCCCUAUGUGGAGAUCAUCGAGCAGCCCAAGCAGCGGGGCAUGCGCUUCCGCUACAAGUGCGAGGGCCGCUCAGCGGGCAGUAUUCCAGGCGAGAGGAGCACGGAUACCACCAAGACCCACCCCACCAUCAAGGUCAGCACCUGCUUCUGGUGAUGGAGUGGGGGGCACAGGGUAUAGGGGGAAGGCAUUGCGGAACCCCAGCAGGCUUGCCUCCAGGCCACCAUGCCCUCUGUGUCUGGGAGUCAAGUUUGGAAUUCUUGGGCCUCUAGAGUGCUCUCUGUACUUUGGACAGAUCAAUGGCUACACGGGACCAGGGACAGUUCGCAUCUCCCUGGUCACCAAGGACCCCCCUCACCGGCCUCAUCCCCAUGAGCUUGUGGGGAAGGACUGCCGGGAUGGCUUCUAUGAGGCUGAGCUCUGCCCCGACCGCUGCAUCCACAGUUUCCAGAACCUGGGGAUCCAGUGUGUGAAGAAGCGGGACCUGGAACAGGCCAUCAGUCAGCGCAUCCAGACCAACAACAACCCCUUCCAAGUUCCCAUAGAAGAGCAGCGUGGCGACUAUGACCUGAACGCUGUGCGGCUCUGCUUCCAGGUGACAGUGCGGGAUCCAUCAGGCAGGCCUCUCCGCCUGCCGCCUGUCCUCUCUCAUCCCAUCUUUGACAACCGGGCCCCCAAUACUGCUGAGCUCAAGAUCUGCCGAGUGAACCGAAACUCCGGGAGCUGCCUUGGUGGGGAUGAGAUUUUCCUGCUGUGUGACAAGGUGCAGAAAGAAGACAUUGAGGUGUAUUUCACGGGACCAGGCUGGGAGGCCCGAGGCUCCUUUUCACAAGCUGAUGUACACCGACAAGUGGCCAUUGUGUUCCGGACCCCUCCCUACGCAGACCCCAGCCUGCAGGCUCCCGUUCGCGUCUCUAUGCAGCUGCGGCGGCCUUCUGAUAGGGAGCUCAGCGAGCCCAUGGAAUUCCAGUACCUGCCAGACACAGAUGACCGUCACCGGAUUGAGGAGAAGCGUAAAAGGACAUAUGAGACCUUCAAGAGCAUCAUGAAGAAGAGUCCUUUUAGUGGACCCACCGACCCCAGGCCUCCACCCCGGCGCAUUGCUGUGCCUUCCCGCAGCACAACUUCUGUCCCCAAGCCAGCCCCCCAGCCCUAUCCUUUCACGUCAUCCCUCAGCACCAUCAACUUUGACGAGUUUUCCCCCAUGGUAUUUUCUUCUGGGCAGAUCCCAAGCCAGGCCUCAGCCUUGGCACCAGCCCCUACCCAAGUCCUGGCCCAGGUCCCAGCCCCUACCUCAGCCAUGGCCUCAGCUCUGGCUCAGGCCCCAGCCCCUGUCCCAGUCCUAGCCCCAGGCCCUCUUCAGGCUGUGCCUCCCCCUGCCCCCAAGCCCACCCAGGCUGGGGAAGGAACACUGACGGAGGCCCUGCUGCAGCUGCAGUUUGAUGCUGAUGAAGACCUGGGGGCCUUGCUUGGCAACAGCACAGACCCAGCUGUGUUCACGGACCUGGCAUCCGUCGACAACUCUGAGUUUCAGCAGCUGCUGAACCAGGGUGUUUCUAUGGCCCCCCACACAGCUGAGCCCAUGCUGAUGGAAUACCCUGAGUCUAUAACUCGCCUGGUAACAGGGUCCCAGAGGCCCCCUGAGCCAGCUCCCAACCCCCUGGGGGCCUCAGGGAUCCCCAACGGCCUCCUAUCAGGGGAUGAAGACUUCUCCUCCAUUGCGGACAUGGACUUCUCAGCCCUUCUGAGUCAGAUCAGCUCCUAAGGGGGUGAUGCCCGCCCUGCCCAGAGUGCUGGUUUGCAGGGGAUUGAAGCCCUCCCAAAGCACUUACAGAUUCUUGGAGGGGGGCGGUGCUCCAGCUGCCCCCAACUUCUUUGGUCUUCCAAAGAAGUUUUUGUCUUCCUUAGGGGGGGUUGCAUUUUAUUCUUUUAUUGGCAGUAUCUAUCUCUCUCUCUUUUGGAGGUGCUUAAGCAGAAGCAUUAACUUCUCUAGAAAGUGGGGAGCUGGGAGGAUUUAAACUCUUUCUUCCCCUAUCCUGAUGGUCAGCUCCCUUCUCUCUACAGAAACUCUGGGGGCCCCCAUCCCCAUCCUCUGGCUUCUAGUACUCUCCUAGAGAGAGGAGCAGGCUGGAGCUAUGGCCUUUGAGGCCACAAAGCCUUAUUAUCAAGUGUCUUGCUCACAUGAUGGAUUCAUUACACCUUGAUCCGAAAUAAUGCCCCUCUAUGGCACUGGCAUUGUCCCUGUGCCUAACACCAGCAUUUGAGGGGCUAGCCUUCCUGCCCUGCAGAAGUCUCUGCCAGCUUUCUUUGCUCAAACUAUGUCUGAAGGGAACUGGUGGGGUAGUGCUGGCUCACUCUGGGAUCCAGAGGGGAUUAGGUCUGAGACUUCCCUGCUCCCCCUUUCUCAAGUGCCUUAGUGGGGUGAGUUGUUUCGAGAGUGGGGGAGGGCAGGCUGGCAGCUCUCCAGUCAGGAGGCACAGUUUUCAUAGAAGAAUCAAAAUACUUGGACUCUUGCUCUUUCUACUCUGAUUGAAUAAAUUUGUUGCCAAGCUGC